AUGCUCCUCCGUUGGCCCAUCUGCGGAGACCUUGCACCGAAUUCGAAGCCUGAAGAAGAGUUCCGCCGCUGCAUUGCGUGGCGCCUUUGCAAAGGAAAGAGGAAGCAGCAGCAGCAGCGAUCAUUGCCAGGAGGUGCAAGUCGCUGGAAGAACCGCAAGCUGUUGUUGUCGGCCGGCUGCGCGACGUAUUUCGGGCCCUAA